AAGAAGUACCCCAAGACAUCGGCAAGAUGAAACUUGUACUCCUGGCUCUGUUCGUGGCCGUGGCCUCUGCCAAAUUGCACUGGAAGAACACGGGUAAGUGGCAGACUAUCGCUCUAGCCGCCGACAAUAAAGAGAAGGUGGAAGAAAAUGGGCCACUCAGAGGGUUCUUGAGAGACAUCGAGUGCAAAAACAGACACUGUAACUCUGUCAACUUGACUUUCUGGGUGAAAAACAAUGGAGUGUGUGAAAAGUUCACAGUAGUCGGAGACAGAGCACCUGGAUCUGAAGGAUACACUGCUGCUUUCUCAGGACAAAAUCGCUUCAAUUUCUGUUAUCAAUCUGAGAACGUGUUGAUGAUGUGUAUCCGGAACACCGAUGAAAACGGAACCGUCACACAUAUGGUUGUAGCUGCAAUAAGACCUGGCUAUGACCACACUAACGCCCAUGAAGCCCACGAAAUGUACGCUAAAUUGGUAAAGGAAAACGGUAUUCCCGCAGAAAACGUCAUGCUUGUCGAAUUUAAAGAUCCCUGCCCUCAGUAA